AUGGAAUCCUGGGGAGUUGAAGUUAAAGCAGGGAACACUUACACAGCGCCCGUUCUUGAAGACGAACUUAUCCACAUUUCUCGGGCUGUGUCUAAAUCAGAUGAUAAUGACGGAUCUCACUUCGAGAAGGAGAAAGUAGUGAGUUCUUUCAGCCGAAGGAUAUCUGUGGGGAAGAAGAAGAGGAAGAAUGAACGUGGUGGUGAUUACUUCACCUGUCUCUGUUUCUUAGAGAAGGCAGGUGAAGGAGAAUCACCACCACGUUCAUUCUUCCUCUUCUUCUUCCCCACAGAUAUCCUUCCUUCAUCAGUUUAA